CCAUCUAGAGCAUCACAAGCACCUUGCAGUCUACAGUUCCAGAGCCAAUCGAUCAUUUUGCUCUGAGCUUCUGUGUGGUGUAGUGAUCACUCGCAGCAAUGGCAGGCAAGGCAUCGAUCGCGCUGUUCCUCGCUGUGAACCUGGUCGUGUUCUCCAUGGCCAGCGCUUGCGGGGGGAACUGCCCGACUCCUGCCACACCAACCCCGUCGACGCCUUCGACGCCCACCCCAACCCCAGCCUCGUUCGGCAGGUGCCCGCGCGACGCGCUGAAGCUGGGCGUGUGCGCCAAUGUGCUGGGACUGAUCAAGGCCAAGGUGGGCGUGCCCCCCACGUUGCCGUGCUGCCCGUUGCUGGAGGGGCUCGUCGACCUCGAGGCCGCCGUGUGCCUUUGCACGGUGCUCAAGGCCAACAUCCUUGGCAUCAAACUUAACCUCCCUAUCGAUCUCAGCCUUGUGCUCAACCACUGCGGUAGAAGCGUGCCCACCGGAUUCAAGUGCUAAGCCAUCAGUCUCUCGGUCGAUCGACAUGGGCACCGUCGAGCAAGAUGUUCGUGCCGACGUUACCCCGUGCUGCCGCUGCGAGGGCAUUAUUCUGCUUGAUCAGCUUUGUAUGUUUGUUUAUUUGUUUGUUUGCUACUUUAUGUGCUAGCUACAAGUGUUCUGCAUAUGCAUGCAUACGUAUGAGCUGGUUUGAUCCUCUUUCCUUUUAAUUAUCUUAAUUCUUAAUUUCUCGAUGAUGGUUUGUGUGUAUUUUGUACGAUCAACAUGAUCAAUAAAAUUUGCUUUUAUUAA